AUGCUCCUCGGCUCUUCCUGCUCGUUCAGCUCAUCCGUUCUCCCUGAGCCUGGGCGUCGGGCAGCGGCGCGGGUCUGGCCUGGGCUGGCGGAUUACGGCGCUAAGCAGAUGUGUGGUCCGGCUGCCGUUAACGGUCACCGCACUCGCGCCUACUCGGGUUCGAUCUACCCUUCCAGCAGCAGCGGAGGGGCUUACCGGGGACAAGUGGGCGUGGUGGCGGCGGCGGCGGCGGUGGCGGUGGAGGGGAUGCGGGCCGCGGCCCCGGGGAGGUUUCCGGCUCAGGUGUCCGGCGCGCACCAGCCCAGCGCCUCGGCGGUUGCGGGACCUCGGCGGUCGCGCAGCUGUUCGGCGGGCCGGGGAGCGUAUGUCGCUGUUCGCGCGGCGCAGUCCUCCUUCAACAUCCCCAACAGCAGCAGCGGGUCUGUGGCUGCCUGCAGGGACCUGGUGCAUUACACCCCUGAGGACGGCGGCGGCAGCAGGGACCGGCCGGCGGGCGGGGGCCCCGGCGGACCGCGCCUGGUGAUCGGCUCCUUACCAGCUCACCUCUCGCCGCACAUGUUUGGAGGAUUUAAGUGCCCUGUAUGCUCAAAAUUUGUACCGUCAGAUGAAAUGGAUUUGCAUCUUGUGAUGUGUUUAACAAAGCCAAGAAUAACCUAUAAUGAGGAUGUACUGAGUAAAGAUGCUGGGGAAUGUGCAAUAUGCCUUGAAGAAUUGCAGCAGGGAGAUACUAUAGCACGACUGCCUUGUCUAUGCAUAUAUCAUAAAGGCUGCAUAGAUGAAUGGUUUGAAGUAAAUAGAUCUUGCCCGGAGCACCCUUCAGACUAAGCAUCAGCUUCCUGUUUUAUAGGUUUUCUUGUGUUUUCAAGAUGCUUGAAA